AGUCCGGCUCCCCAGCAGCAGACCCGAACAGAACCAGAGACCCGGACUACAGAGUCGGUUUGAGGUUCUUCAGAGGAGGAAAGUUCCGCAGCUGCAGUCAUGGUUUGCGGCGGAUUCUUCUGCGCUAAAAACGCGCUUUCUGUGCUCAACAUCCUUUAUGUGAUGGUGAGUCUGCUCCUGAUCGGCGUGGCGGCCUGGGGGAAGUGGUUCGGUCUGGUGUCCAGCAUCAACGUGGUGGCGGGGGUCAUCGGGGUGGGGGUCUUCCUCCUGCUGGUGGCCUUCGUGGGUCUGUGUGGGGCCAUGAAGCACCAGCAGGUCCUGCUCUUCUUCUACAUGAUCAUCCUGUCCCUGGUCUUCGUGCUGCAGUUCUCCAUCUCCUGCGCCUGCCUGGCUCUCAACAAGGACCAGCAGAACCAGCUGCUGGAGGUGGGCUGGAACAAAUCCGAGGCGACUCAGAACGACGUGCAGAAAUCUCUGAACUGCUGCGGCUACUCCUCCGUCAACUUCAGCACUUCCUGUCCUGCGCAGUGCUUCAGCUCUCCUCAGACCUGUGUCAGCUGCUCCUCCAUCCUGCAGACGUAUGCAGGUGAGGUUCUGCGUUUCAUCGGAGGCAUCGGGCUUUUCUUCAGCUUCACAGAGAUCCUGGGAGUCUGGCUCACACACAAGUACAGGAACCUGAAGGACCCUGGGUCCAACCCUGGAGCCUUUCUGUGACCAUAAAGCUGCACAAAAUGAGCUUUUCUCUUUAACUUCUGUUUAAAUAAAGAUUUAAAACAUGUCGAAGCUUUAAAUAAACAGCAGCAACUGUUGAUUUAA